GGGAUUGGAAAUGUGAUUUAUUUAUUUAUUAACAAGUUUCUAUAUGAAAUAAUAAACUCAAACAUCAAAUUUAAAGUGGGAAAUGGCGGAGACUAGUCAAGCGCGAGCGAGCCCCUCGGCGCCUGGGGGCGACGCUGGUGGCGAAGAAGACAAACAUGACGAAAGAAUGCUAGAAUGCAACAUCUGUCUGGACACAGCCCGUGAUGCAGUCGUCAGUAUGUGCGGCCACCUCUUCUGCUGGCCAUGUUUACAUCAAUGGUUGGAAACCAGACCCAGUCGGCAAGUCUGUCCUGUUUGCAAGGCUGCCAUCAGCAGAGAGAAAGUGAUCCCGCUCUAUGGAAGAGGAAACACAAAGCAGGAAGACCCAAGAAACAAGGUGCCCCCCCGGCCGGCAGGACAGCGCACGGAGCCGGAGAGUACGAGCGGCUUCCCAGGUUUCGGCUUCGGCGAGGGAUUCCACAUGUCGUUCGGGAUAGGAGCCUUCCCGUUUGGAAUUUUCACCUCGACAUUUAAUUUUGGUGAUCCAAGGCCUAGCGCCGCGCCGCGCGGUACGGCCCAGUUCGAAGAAGAGCAGUUCCUAUCGAAGAUAUUCCUGUGGGUCGCUAUCCUGUUCGUGCUGUGGCUGGUGUUCGCCUGACCGCCCACAAGUACUGCCACCAGGUUACAAUACUAAUUAACUCUGUAAACAUUUAUUUAAUAGAAGGAUACUUGAAAAGUUCUUUUCAAAAUUGAUUCUUGUGACUACGGUAGUGUUUUGUUGACAGUGACAGAUCAAGUCGUGGUUAUUUAAUUAAAGACACCGAACCUUUUAUCUGUAUAUUUAUGUGAUGAGAACGAUAUCUGGGAAUUUGUUACAUUUUUUUUUUGUCAAAUUAAAAAAGAGCAAUAGCGUGUCACCAUCAGCAACCGCCAAUUUGAAUGUGGCUAUCAACAGUAAACUUUUUUAUUUUUUGCCAUUACACUAAAGGCAGCGGCUUGGUUCUGCCCCUGGCAUUGCUGAAGUCCAUGGGCGACGGUAACCACUCACCAUCAGGUGGGCCGUAUGCUCGUCUGCCUACAAGGGCAAU